GUCACGAGCCAAUACAGGAAGUACCUGGCAGCUACUGGCAAGCUAAACAAUAGCAAUGAAGAUACGAGUAACUUAGCGAAUAAAAAAGGGUCUCCGUGCCAUAUACAAGUCAAUUAAUGCGGAUGCCACCGAACUACGUAAGAAAACGAAUGUUACCAAAAUGGAGAGAGCUGUCGGGAUCAUCAUUUUGUCGCUCAUUUUCUUGGCAUCGCAGAUAAACUGCCAAGAGGCGAUCUUGCACAUCUCAAAUGGAAGUACAGAAAAGGAGUACUGCAUUGUCCACAACCAUUCCUGGACCCCCCUGUCACAAACCCUUGAUGCUGCUUUGCAGUAUCCACUGGUGAAUCUGACGUCCACUCUGCUGUGUAACAGCUCUGGGGUCAGUCCAGAUGUGGUGAAGGACAAAGCAAUCGUGGUGAUGAGGGGGGACUGUGAUUUCAGCCAGAAAGCUAUGGUUGCUCAAAGCCUUGGAGCGACAACUUUGCUCAUUGCUAGCACCAAAUUACUGAUCACGCCAUCAGCCAAUGACUCUGAAUAUGCAAAGGUCCAUAUUCCUCUAGCUCUUAUGAGGCACAGGGACUUCCUUGAAGCAAAGCAGGUGUUUGGUGAAGACAUGCAGGUGAAGCUUUAUGCUCCACCUCACUCAAAGAUUGAUGCAAGCAUCGGAGUCAUGCUGCUGAUUGCCAUCAUCACGGUCGCCUUGGGCGGCUACUGGAGCGGGGCCUGUGAGAGAGACCGGUUGAAUGGUGGUGCGGCGGGGGGAGGAGGGGGAGAGAGCAAAGCAGACAGCGGAGAGCUCUCCCUGUACUCUCCUCUCAAAGUGGUCAUCUUUGUUGCCCUGAUGUGUGGGAUGCUGGUCCUCAUGUACUUCUUCUACAACAUCCUUGUUUACGUCAUCAUUGCUAUAUUCUGCCUGGCGUCUGCCUCUGCACUGUUCAGCUGUCUAGAUGCAGUGUUGGAAAAAAUUGGUUGUGCCGCUGGGAGAUUCUCCAUCCGAAAUUGCAACCUCUCAGUGAGGUCUCUCAUUCUGGCUAGUGUGUGCAUAGGCAUUGCCGUGGUCUGGGGGGUCUACAGGAAUGAAGACAGAUGGAUAUGGAUCUUGCAGGACCUCCUUGGCAUUGCUUUCUGCCUCAACUUCAUGAAGACCAUUUCACUGUCCAACUUCAAGAUCUGUGUGAUUCUACUGAGCCUCCUGCUUGUGUAUGACGUCUUCUUCGUUUUCAUCACUCCUUUCUUCACCAAGAAUGGAGUCAGCAUUAUGGUGCAGGUUGCCCUGGGCCCAGAUGCAUCUGGAGAGAAGACGCAAGGUAACAUGGUGGAGGUCCCCGCUGAACCCCAGGCUCCCUCUGAGAAACUGCCAGUGGUGAUGCGUGUCCCGCGGUUCUCAGCUUGGGCUCAGAACCUGUGUGGGAUGCAGUUCUCCAUUCUGGGUUAUGGAGACAUCAUUGUUCCAGGUCUCUUGGUGGCCUACUGCAGCAGAUUUGAUGUUUGGAUCAACAGCAGCAAGAAGAUUUACUUUGUCUGCUGCUGCAUAGCCUACCUGCUGGGAAUGAUAGUGACAUUUGCUGUGAUGCUGCUGACAGGGAUGGGCCAGCCCGCCUUACUCUACCUGGUGCCCUUCACCCUGAUAACCUCUGCCAUAGUGGCUGGGUGCAGGGGAGAGAUGAGGCAGUUCUGGAAAGGAACUACCUAUGAGGUCUUGGACUCAUCCAGGGAACCUUUGUUGCCAGAGGGAAGAACUGACUGUUCCGUAGAAGGAGAAAGAUGCUGACUUACAAUGUUGAAAAUGGACCCUACUGCUGGAUGCAUUUUUUUUAAAUAUGACAGUUGCAAAGCAAGGGAAAUCAUGUAAUUGAAGAGAUUCUUAAAACAGUAUGGGUUCAUUUGACUGCUGCGAAUAGUUAGAAGGCUAAUAAAUAUUGUGUAGGCUUGUUUAGUGCCUGAGAGGUCAGUUAGGUACAUGUUCAGAAAACUGUAAUGACUAUGCCUUUGUGAUGAUUGCAUACAACAAAAUAAUGAGAAAGCACUUUAUAAUAUUCAGCUUGACAAGUUGUUGCAUCAGGGGUGGGCUGGGUUUUAAAUUACUCAUAGCCACAAUAUGAUACACUUUUGAUAACUGUUUUUGGGGGUUUCUGUGUAACCUGUUUGUAUGAGGUGAUUUCUUUCAUUGCCUUAUAUUAAAAUUAUCUUAUAUUUAA